UUACAGGUACCCGAGGUCGGCAGUUUCCUCAGAUACAAACAUAUACCUUGUCUACCUAUCUACCUAGGUACAAGCUGCAUGUACAUCACACAUGCAUGCACACGGCCCCAAGAAACAAUCAGAUUGCAUCGCUGUUGCCCCCCUUUCCUCUUCCUUCGUCUUGUGUUGCUCGGAACAAAGAAUUCAGUCCCUCUGGCCAAUCAAUAUGGUUUGUCGACGACAAGAACAUAUGGGCGAUGACGGCAAGGACAAAUCGUACAGACGAAGGAAGCAAUAAAAAAAGAAGGGGGAGCGCAGGGCUGAGAGCGUCGCCAAACACUUUGUGCCCCCUAGUCCUCCCCUUGAUAAAACAUUGGGACACGGACGCUGCUCCCCGAGGUGUGAUGCAGGUAGACAAGAAUGAGAGACAUUCGAGAAACACAAUCACUCUAAGGAAUUCUCUCACUCUCCCUCCCGCCUGUCAUCUCAUUCGACAGCCAACCUGUCAAUCGUAUACACUCCGUCGUAUACACGCUGAGAGAGAAAGAGAGAAGGAGGAGGUAGGGUACAAGGUAGGGUACACAGACACUGGCAGAAUGCCUGGGUACGCACAUGCCAUCGUAUCCCUACCGCGCAUCUGGUGGUGUAGACUACCUACCGUAUCCUCUCAGCAAAUGUGAAAUCCGCACGGGCC